CGUUUUUAUUUGCUUUUUAGUAGUUGUGUCAUUCCACUUAUCGCUAUGUGACUGCGUGUCUCCGUGUUGACAAGUCACUUGUGUUAAAAAUUCCUACAUUCAUAAAACGCAUAAAUCGAGUUUCCACAAUAUUAAGCUUAUAUAAGUUUUAGUGUGUGUGAAUUUCAAAACAAGUAUUUAGUUAACUACAUAAAAAUAACGCAGAAUUUGUGCGUAAGCAGCAUACUCAACAGCAUUUUUGUAAGUUGCUUCGAGCACAGCAUCAGUAUCCUGACAUUGGCAUCGGCUUACGGCUUUUGUGACGCGCCUAAACGUAUGCAAAUUAAAUUUUGUCGAAGCAUCAGUUACGAAUACUUAUAUACAAAGCUCGCAUUGGAAAUAGGAUGCUGCUGCAAUGGUUCGUGAUUUGCCUGCUGGCAAUGCCCGUGCUGACGGGCACCGGCCAAAACUGCCCGACGGAGUGCGCAUGCAGCGUGGACGAGCACAAUCGUCGCCAAGUGAUUUGUACGAAAGGUGGCCUCAGCGCCAUGCCGGUGAGCCAAAUCGCCAAGGAUGUGCGCGUCAUUAUCAUCAAGGGGCCGGGCAACACCAUCACCAUCGGUCACUACUUUCGGAACUUCUCGCAUCUCGAGGUGCUGCGCAUCAUCGACUCGCAAAUCCCCUCGAUGGGCUCCGAAUGCUUCUUUGGUUUAGUCAAGCUGCGCAUACUGGAUUUAUCAAGAAACAACAUCACGAACGUAAAUCGAAAUAACUUCCGAGGACAGGAUAAUUUACAUGAGUUGGACUUGUCCAAGAAUAAGAUACUAAACAUAUCCAGUACAACGUUUGGUCAUUUAACCGAACUUCAAAGACUCAAUUUGGCUGACAACUCUAUAUUGGAGCUCGUGCCGCGCAUAUUUUUCCUGCUUAACAAAUUGCGGUAUCUCGACCUGAGCGGAAAUCCAUUGCAAGACCUGCCACCUGAUGUGUUUCGCGAUUUGCCGGAGCUGCGCUUUUUCAAAUGCCGUAAUUGUCAAUUGAAGAAAAUCAAUCCGCAGUUGUAUAACUUAUUGCCAAUGCUGCAAGAGCUGGAUCUGGGACGUAAUGAGUUUAAAUUCCUCGACAAGGAUGAAUUUCGCGACGUCAAAAAUCUCACCAAAGUCUUGCUUGAUGGCAAUCAACUGUCCGUCGUUGUUGAUGAGCUGUUUCAAAAUCAAAAGGUUCUGCAACACUUGGACUUAUCGUACAAUCGACUGGCGAAAGUGCCCAAUGACUCGUUUAAACAUUUGGGCAAUUUAACGUUCCUGGAUUUGUCAUACAACAAGCUGGUGCGACUAGAGCCGCAAUCAGUGCGGCGGCUGAACAAUCUGCAAACGCUGAAUAUUAGCGGCAACGUGCAGAUGAAUUUGCUCGACAUGCGCGAAACAUUCGAGGUCAUACCACAGCUGACACAUCUCUCGGUCGCCGACAUGGGAGUGCUGCCGAUGGGACUGCUGGUGCCGUUCAAGCAGCUGCGCUAUCUCAACAUAUCCGGCAAUCAUUUGGACAAUAUGUCACUGCAAGUAAUCGAUCCGUGCCGGGAGCUGGAGUUUUUGGACUUGUCGCGCAACCAAUUGUACGGCAUCAACGAGGACACAGUGGUGCGCAUCCAGCACAUACGCAAUGUGCGGCUGGACAACAAUCCGCUGAUAUGCGACGAGUGUCACAUGGGAAAAUUAAUAAAUGUCGUGCAACAUCUUCAGUGGAAGUGGGAAACUUAUCCGAUUUGCUUUUUGCCGAAACCGUUGCGCGGCUCUGAAAUCACUGAUUUGGACAUAUCGAAGCUGCAUGAUUGCUUGGACUACAUAACCGAUGAGGAGCAGAAUGCAGCCAGUACAUCGCACAAUUUUCUUGAACGAGGUGGCCUUAAUACUCUCGCCAUACUUGGUGGCAUUAUAUUGGUUUUAAUCGUUGUCAUCAUACUGGCUAUGGCUGUUUGCUUUUCCAAGCGACGAGCACGUUACUAUACACGUGAGGAUCGACUGAACGGAGGUGAGAGCGGCAAGUGUAUCGAAAAGGGUAUGGAAACUAGUAACGGAAAUGGUAUCAACGGGGACAGUCCCCCUGAACAUGCUAAAACGCCUACCACGCCCACAAAUGAAAUCAACUUCAAAUUUCCCAUCGACGAUCGCGUUUGCACCAUCGAUGAGCUGGUGUUGCCACCCGCACCACCGCCACCUAGCAAAGAGCCGCCAUCACAGCUGCCACCACCACCACCAGCCACUGCAAAUAGCGUUCUAAAUAGUCUAACUUAUAAUAGUUGUACCGGCAAUAAUACAGCCACUGCCAUGGCGGCAGUAGCUGCUGCGGCCACCGUUAUACCGCCCGGUGCGCCAUCGGCUGCGGGGGAUCUACCAUCUGAGGCAAUCGUCGUUGUGUUGCCCACGCCGCCAACGCAUUAUAAAACCGAACAACAACUGCAACAACCCCAGCAACUGCAGCUGACCACAAUCGAACCGCUGAUCAGCGUGAACUGACCGACGGCUAUUAAUGUUGCAAGCGCCUCAGCCACCGUAGCAGCCACAAAUAAAAAUGUCAACACACCAGCGACGACGUUGGCGUUUUCGCCAUUGACCGCGAAAACGGGGAGAACGAUAGAUAGAGGACGGCAGUUGGCGUUUUCAACCACGACGCACACGUAAGUGCUCGCAACCAAUAUGUACACAAGCUGCAAGUGCAGCAAAGCGAAGUUAUAUUUUUUAUCAUUCGAAAACAUUUAACGAUAACUAUUUUUAAGAAGCCUAUAAAUAAGAUUGUGUACAAUGAAACAAAUGCGCCGUAAGUAGAAAGGAUUAUAAUUGAGAAGUUUGGAGUAUUUCCAUUACUGACUUAAUCCAUAUUGUACUAGUAACGGAUCUAUAAAUUAGUUAAAGAACGGAUUUUUUCUUCCAAAAGUUUUUAAUAUUGUCGUAUAAACUUCAGAAUUUCCCUGUUUGGGGUCUUGGCAACUCAUAUCUAAGCUCCUCCUUCCACUCCGCCACUGCUUCGUACCACUGGAAAAUAUCAAUUUUCAAAUUUUUGAUGAGUGUUUCGUUGAAACCUCCGAAAUAAGCAAAUAAGAACUUACAUGAAAUCAUUUCUUAUUAUUUGCUGAACUGAUUACUAUAACAUACCUCUUACUUCGGAUUUUUAAGAGCUCAGAUGUUUUAAGCAAAACUAACUCCGUCUUCCCUCGUUUUCUGUAAGUUCAUAUCGGGUAUAUUUUUAGGCUUGUAUAUUCUAGCUCUCUUAUCAUACAUUCAUAAUUCACUACCGACCAACUUCAUAGUACACCAUCCUAUCGUUCGAUGACUCUCCUCUCCCCAUUAGUAAAUAUACUUGAGGCCUUACUACUCCCGAUCUUCACACACCACCUGAGCGUAGCCAGUCACCAGCAUGGAUUCCGAACAGCACCACCACUGCACUUAGCGUCAUAAACGCUCAGAUAGUUCGUAUCCUUAACUAUAAACUACCCAGCGACAUAACGAUCGGCGUACCGUUUUACUUGUCAAAAGUCUUUGACACAGUCAAUCACACAACGCCACCUGAGGGCAUCGAAUAAACAACGCUUCCUCCAGAACUGAUGGGGAGGACCAUGAGUUCGAGGAAUUCGAGUUGCUGCGAGCUUUAUUCGGGAUACUAUAGGUGGUUAAACUCGUACUUAUCCGGAGUAGACGCAGACGGUUAUUAACAACAAUAAAACAUUUAGUAUUUUAUAAGCAUCUGCUCUCUAAUACAUUCCAGUAAAAAAAAGAAAACCCCAAUAACCCGUUUUUCUUUUUUUUUUUUUUAAACUAUUAUUUCCACCGAAAUUGUGGUUGGUCCGAGGAUUGCUAAGGAAUCAUUGCUCCUCCAAAAAAUUCACAAUAAGAAAUACAGCAGUCAAUUCCUUUGAAUCACAGUAUGAUAUGCCUCGCCAUCUUAUCGAAAUUAGCAAUCCUCAAAGUAUUUGCCUGCUUGCAAGCCGUAAUAAUAAGAAAUCAUCCACGAUUCUAUUUCUAUUGAAUGUCUCAUGUAUUAAAAAAAAAAAAAAAAACAAAGCAUGGCACGAAGAGUUGAUGAGAGAGAAUUUGGUCCAAGUAGUUAUCUUCAGUUUUCAAAGGAUUCAAAAUAAGGUAGAUUUAUUCUCAAUAUGCUAACAAACAACAAGGUCUAAAAUCGACUUAAAAACUAGUUAGUUUUCUCUGCACUGGCACCCAACUUUCUAAUCAAACAACUUUCUUAUUCCGUUUUUAGUUUCUAAUAUUAAAGAGCUUAUCUAGUAACCACAGAGCUCAUUCUUUCAGUCCAAGUGAGUACCAACCUACAUAUACUGACUGUAUCUUCCAUCAGAUUCCACCAUUGAACCCAACGUAUGCUUAGUAUGCACUCGCUACUGAUGUAUGACAUACAGAUGACACCACUACAUAUGCAUGCAACGUCUCCGCUUUUGAAUGUAAUUGAGCCAUUUCCACCGAUUUAAUUGCGGAUAUUGCGCGAUUACAAGAUAUCAUUCAAUUCCGAAUGUGCGACGAUACGAAUACGCACAAAUGAAGAUACCCCUUGACACCGGAAAAAGGGCACUUUACAAUGCUACAUGCGUAUACAGAUAGGUAGAAGAAUGAUUCCUCAGCAGAGCGCGCACAUACUCAGCAAUUUAGUCAAAACUCGAUAGCGCUUACUGCGAUAUGGUUUUCUUUCCGGUGAAUUUUAAUGACUUAAUGCAGAAAAUGCAUACCCAACAACAACUGUCGGUGCACUACAACGGCGGUUUUCGCAAAAUUCAAAAAUAAAAAAGCGUUUCAAGCUAUUUUUGCUUCAUUUCACUCAACUGCAUUUCUUCUUCGGCCUUCUUUGCAUAUAUGCAUUUUCAAUUUCCGGCGCAAUUAAAUAUCACGAAAUCGCUAAUCAAAAAUUCCAUUGCUAAUUUUAAAAUACGAAAUAAUUUUCAAUUCAAUAAUUUCGAUAAUUGAACUGUACAGACAAUAUUUCGUUUUCUCAUAAAUGUAUACUUCGAUAUUUACAUAUUUCUGUUGCGCCUAACUGUAUGCUCCAAUUACAAUCGUUUCUGCUAAGAAGCGCGUGAGGCAACCAUCUUCUGUUUACGAAAACAUUACGGGGAAUAUGUGUGUAUAGCGAAAAAAUGCGAAAACCUAAUGAAGCAUAAAAUUAGGCGCGGAAGCGUGCCGCAAACGUUUCAUUUACUUGAUAAGAGAGAUUAAGAUUAAAUAUUUAGUAUGUAAUACAUGCAUUUGCUAAGUUUAAGCGAUAAUGUGUAAGCUCUACUAAUUAUAGCCUGUAAGUAGCGGCGACACAUUCAAAAUGUGAUACUAACAGAGAAACAACAAUUGUGUUUAGCAAAUUAUAGCAAAUAAUGUAAUGAAUUUGCAAAACUAACGAAUCGAAUACUGAUGUAUAGGGCUAACAACGUAAGUAUAUAACUAAUGUAAAUUAUAUAUAUGUGUAUAUAGUGUGUAGAAUUCACUCAAUGACAUUCAUAUGUAUGUAACACGUAUACCAUAUAAGCACAUUAGGGGUGUUCAUAUAAAUUCAAAUGUUUUUUUCUUUUUUUUUUUUUAAUAUAUGUGCCUCUAUAUUCAUUGAAAAUGCAAGGAGACUAUUUUUAUUUAAUACUUCAUCCAAAAAUUAACUUGUUUUUAAUACAGGAGUUGUUAGGCAGACCUAUAUCUCACAGAGAGUUAAUGCCAAAGCGUUGAAAGCGUUAAUUUUGCCACGAAAUGUGUCAAGAUAUAUUUGUGGCAAAUAAGUUGGCAACUCAGCUGAGCAAAAGUCUAGUUUGCUUUAUGAGCAAUAUUUUCCGCUGCGGCCCCCAUUUGGAUCAUAAAAGUUAAACGUCACUUCCCAUACACGAUUUUGCAUGGCAAACACUGAAAUUCGUGGUAUGUCGAAAUCGGCAAAGGCCAGCAAAUCAAAUUUGCAGCAGUAAACCACGAAUACUUUCUCCGGAACUGUCAGUUAAAAAAUCUUAGUAAAACUAAUUAUAUUUCAAUUUUAAAAGUAUUAUCAUAAGUGUUGGUUAGUUAGGCUUAAAGCGUUUUAAUAUUUUAAGCACAAAGCGAAAAGAGUCUUUACAAACGACAAAAGACACAGUAAGUCUAAUUAUAAGAUUUCACAAAUUACAAUUUAUAAAAGUUUUUGUUUAAGUUUUCUUUAAAUUUAACUUUGUUUUUACUCAGACAUAUUUUAAAAAUAAUAUAUUACAGUAAUUAGUAAUGUAACUGCAUAUACUAUAAUUGAACAUCAGUAUCCAUAACCAGUUUUACAUUUGAACACAUAUUAUCACCAGGAAUUUAGUUAAUAUUUCACACAACAAAUGCUCAAAACUUGUUUGUACUCAAACAGCGUGGCUCCAUGCAUUAAGCCUAUUUUAUCAUAUAAUAUGUUAAUGAAUAAGUUUAUUAAAAAUGUUAAAAUAAGUCUUAAGUAUAAUAUUAAUUAACUAUUUUUUAUAAACUACGUUCGGUUUCAGAUAUUAAUUACGGUAUUCACAUUUAUU